GUAAUAAAAUAAAAAAUUCUUUCCACUAGUCUGAAGGAAGGUAUGUUAUGGAAAUAGCCCAAAAUCUCAAAAUUUUAAUACAAGAAAAGGGGGUAAUAAAAGAAAUUAGUAGGGUCUUCUAUUUGGGCCUAUUUUAGUUUUUUUGUUUGCAAAGUACAGUACUAGAUUACAUCCUUAAGGAUUAGUGGAGACAGCAGGAACAUAAUUUCCAUGUAUCUAGCUAUUAUUUAUUUUAAUAUUUAAUACAGUUAGAUGUUUAUGUGUUUUGAGAGGAGGGUUGCGCACUGAGGAAGACAUUAGAGGGCUGAUGUCAAGGGUUUCCAUGUAAUGUAGUACAGUAAACACUGUCACCAUUGUUUGUCUGAAAAGUGUCGACAUUCUUGAACCAUGUCCUUAAUUUGUUCUCUGGAGUCACCUGACAGACCCUGAAGAUUGUACUGAUGGGAAACCAAACCUGAGAGAAUUAUCACUGAGGAAUCCAACAGAUAAGUGACAACACCAAUUAAUGUCGGUACUGACACACACAAACACUGAAACCCCCAUGAGAUCUGAUGAAAGAGGCAGGAAAAAGGUUAUCAAUCUAUCACUCCAAAAGAUGACGCCAACUUUAAGAGUGAAGAUGUAUUGAUAUUUUAAUUAUCACCUAUAAAAUUGUAUAAUAUGAUAUAGUAGCCUUAUGAAACUUGUGUAAAAGUACAUUUCAGUUGGUUCUAUUGAUAAUACAAUAACCUCAGGAAUGGUUAACUGAACUGAACUACUACAAUUUGAUUAAAAUAAUGACAAAAAAGAAAAAGAAAAAAGAAAGAAAUGGUGACCGCAGUAAGGAAGCUGUUGAGUGUGUAGGGUGGCUUGAGACCACAAGUGAAAAUUAUUCUAUUUUUAUGUCUGUAAUUUCCAGCAUUACAACUUGAGUAAAAAGUUGAAAAUAAAUAACAAACAUUUCACAAUUCUUAGUAUUUGGCAUGUCAUCAUUUUGCUUUGAAGGCAGCAGAACUUGAGCUGACACAAGGCCUGUAGAAGCAUUCAUGAGCUAUGAGUGACAUCCAAUCCCUAAAGCCACCCUGGCCCCGUCAUCUUCUAAAGGAAAAAAAAGUUGUGUGACUGAUUCCCAACGACACUGUUCAUAUCAAUGAACGCUACAGUACAGUAUAUAAGUGAUACACAAUCAUGUAUUUGUCAUCAUUUAGAGCACAGAUUCAGAUUUGCAAAAUGCUACAGAAGAACUGGACGACGAUCACUGAGUUUAUCAUUGUGGGCUUCCCUGGACUCCAUCCAGACUACUAUGGCCUGGUCGCUGCUAUUUUCUUCAUCGUCUACACGACCACAGUGGCUGGGAACACUGUUUUUCUGGUGCUGUUUGUCACUUCACGGAGCCUCAGGAAGCCCAUGUACAUUAUCCUCGCGAGCCUGGCGAUAUCUGAUAUGUGUUUCUCCACUGUUGCCUUACCUAAGAUCAUAUCCAGGUACUGGUUUGAUGCGGGAGUAACCCCCUUUCACGCUUGCUUCUUCCAAAUGGAACUAAUCCACUAUUUUGGGACAUUAAACUCACUGAUAAUGAUGAUCAUGGCUCUUGAUCGCUAUGUGGCUAUUUGUUACUCUCUGAGAUAUCAGGCUGUUAUGACUAACCGCAUCACGUACAUCCUAAACAUCACGGCUUGGGUAACUGCUUUUAUCGCCCCCACAGUAGCCACCCUACACACUCAACAGCUUCCUUACUGCGGCCCUAAACUGAUCAUUCAGUGCUACUGCGACCACAUCUCUAUUACCAACCUGGCCUGUGCUGACAACAGCAAGCAGAUUUUGGUGGCCCUGUGCGUUGCCCUACUCGUGCUUCUUCUCCCUCUAGCCUUCAUCAUUUACUCUUACUCUCACAUUAUAAUGUCUCUCAUGAGGCUGUCGAGCUCUCAGAGUCGCUGGAAAAGUUUUGCCACCUGCAGCACGCAGCUGUGCAUCAUCGCACUGUUUUACGUGCCUCGCUGCGCAGUGUAUAUAGCCAGUUUCCUGCAAAUCCAAAUCAGCAAAGAUUUCAGGAUAGUUCUCAUACUACUCUACAGUCUCGUUCCACCACUGAUAAACCCCUUCAUUUACUGUUUACGAACACAUGAAAUCAGAAUCAUUGUGAGCAGAUGGUUGAGCAGGCAAAGGGCCAUGAGAGAAACAUCCAGAAUUAAUGUGAUCACACUGUAGAAUAUUGUCAUGAUCUGUGGAGUUUUAAAAGAAAAAAAUACAAUGAUUAAUUUUUUUGAGUUUUUUAUGUUCAGCUUAAUUGCGUAUUGUGACGUAUUCCAGUGAAAUCUGGUGGUGACAAUGCAAGAAAAGCAAUACAAAAUCUCUGCUCUGUUAUGAAUGACAGCAUUAAUAAAACUGGCUCCUUUUUAUGUAUAACAGACAUGUUAACUAUCCGUUUGUCAAAAAAUAUUUGGGCCUAAAUUUAAGGUUUAUGCAUUUGAAUUUCAUAUAAAAUGUUCAUCCAUGUGGUUUACACAACUUUAACAAACAAACUAAUAAACGUAAUGUGAGGCAUAUUUGUCAGUCAUGAGAUUUCUGCACUUUAAAAAAUUAUGACAUAUAGUUAUUAACUAUUUGCAUCUAUUUUAAAUCAUCAUAUUUUCAAAAGCAAUUUUGUAUUAGUUGUAAUGUUUGAGAUUUAAACAAAUUGGUUUUAUUGUUGAUAAAUACCUGUAUUAAAUCCUGGUUAUUGUUUAUUUAAAACAGUAGAACAGUAGCGAGUUUAUUAGUACUGUUACAGAAAUGUAUGUAUGACAAAUAAGCAUUUCAUUAAGUCUAUUAUAUUAUUUUAAAACUGUGUAAUCCAAAUGAAUGGAAAUUGUAUAUGCAAAUACAUAAAUAUAUACAUAAAUAUUAAAUUUAGGCCUAAACACUUUUUCGAGUGUAGAAGUGCCAUAAUAUGCCAUACCCAUGCAGCAAAGCAUUUAGUAUGGAAACGUGUCACAAUGAAAUGAGCUGUUGAAAAGCCUAACUUGUCUGUGCAUUAAAUUAAUGACCGUUAAACUGAUAAACUUUUCCUCAUAGUCAUGACUGUCCUGUAAUUUUUUAACGGAGUGGCCAGAUUGCUUUUUCCUGAGGUCAAUGAAUCACUGCCAGGGAUUAGCUGUGAAUCCUAGUUUGGGAAACCCUGGCCUAUGUAAUUUAAAAUUAAAUGUAAAAUGAUUAGUCAUCAAAAAUGAUGAAGGUGGUAAAACUUUGUGAAUAGUAAAGCUAAUAAUAAUCAGAACAUAAUCAAACGGGGGAAAAAAAACAUUGGUAAAAAGUAUAAAAUUGAAACUAUUAUUUAAUUCUUAGAUGCUGCUGUCCAGUUUAUGGGCAGAUCUUUAAAACCUUUUACAUUUUUACAUUAACCUUUUUUUACCUCUGACUGACCUGUUUAUUAUAUGUCAUUAUGCACUAUAGGACUGUCACUAUUAUUUUGGUAAUUGAGUAAUUGUUGAAUUAUUCUGAUGUCCACCCAAGUAAUUGAAUCCCCUGAGCCAGUGACAGAUGCACUCAGUGCUUGGCAUUUAUAACAACUAUUCAGUAUUUUCAACCACAUAAAGUUUAUUUUAAGUUUCAGACAUUUAAAUACACAUAAGUACUAGUAACAAUAGAGUUUGUAAAAUAUACACUAAUGUCUAAGGAAACUGCAAUAAUAAUGCUUUCCAUUAUAAUUUGACGACUAAUUAAUUAAUAUCAGAUACAUGUGUGUAAGCAACUAUAAAGUUUACUCUGUUCUUCUCCCAGUUUCACCAGACACUUACAUCCAUCCGUACAUUUCGAGAGAAGUGCAUGAAUUCACGUGUUGUAAAUCUGACAGAUCUGAUUCUCUGAACUGCGGCUUAAACAAACAUGCCGGCGUCCAUUUUGCAUAUAGCUCAACUACUAAUGAAAUCAUUAUAAAGGUGCUUAAACAACAAAAGACAGUCACUUACACAUAUGGCU